UACCGUGAAUUUCUUUGUGUGCAAAUUGCAUGCAUGCAAAGUGAACGCGACCAUUUUCACGGCGUCGAUCUACUGACCGUCGCUCCGCUCGUUUCGCCGAUCGAAAGAAAGACAUUACAUUAUUCGCACAUUUCGAUUAUUGUUUUGUUUCUGAACGUGGGAUGAUGAUGUCUUCCUCACGGUCCUCUCGCGCAGAGACCCGUAGCCGCGCCAAAGAUGAAAUCAAAAGGGUAAUGCAAGCAAUCGACAGAGUAAGAAAAUGGGAAAAGAAAUGGAUAACCAUUGGUGACACGACUUUGAAGAUCUUUAAGUGGGUUCCUAUUAUAGAGGCGAAGAAGAAAACAGAUGAUCAGAAUGGCCAGGAUGACAAGACUAGUGAGACCAGUAGCCAGGGAGAUGCUAAAAGCAUGAACGGGGAACAGGAGAAAGAAAACAGAUUUGAUAGCAAUUCACAACAGACUACUCCAGUAAAACUUAGAGACAUCCCUAAUCUUGAAGAUUCCAACUCAAGACUAACGCCCUCAUCAGCGUUGAGUUACGAUGAGUCAACCAUGGACUCUAUGAUGAGUAGCGAUCUAGAUGAGAGUAGUAAUCAAGGGCCAACUGCAGAAGAUGCUGAAAAGAGCAGGUUCACAUCAAGUGAGAAUAGGAUUCAACCUCCUGAUGUCCAGCCAAGUAUAGAAAAAGAAACCGAUGAACAGGACUCACCAUCAAAAGAUGAAGAGCCCCCUCUGUUGACAGCAGAAGAGCCAGUUUCCAAACAAAAUGCUAGACCACAUUCUGCAAUGGAUGAUGAUCCAGAUGAACCGCCCUCCAAGCAACCUCGUUUAGAAUCUCAAGUCAGUAACAACAGUUGA